AUGGUGACGGAACAAAUCUACCACUACUCCUUAGAUGCCCCUUCACUUCAACAUGAUUCUGUUGUCUCUCUUCUUAAGCCUCCAACAAUUUCAGAAUCUUCAUGGGGUGGUAAAGUAUAUGUGAAUUCUUGCAGUGGGUUAUUUGUUCUAGCUCUCUCUCCUUACAAUAUUGUCCUGUGGAACCCGACCAUCAGAGAAUCAAGAAAAAUCCCAAGUCCAAUCUCCAUUCAUGGUGAGGAGCAGUCCCAUACUUUUUAUGGUUUAGGGUACGAUUCUCCAUCUUCCAAAGACGAUUACAAAAUAGUUAGACUAGGAUUAAUAUAUCAUCCAGAUGGACAUGAUGUUCAAAUAUUUUCGACCAAGAGUGACUCGUGGAAAUUGAUUGGUCAUCGGGACCUAUUAAUGGAAAAACCAAAUUUGUUCACUGUUGAAGGAUGCCUUUGUUUGACAAAGUUUUCGUCCCUUAUUAAUGAGUUGGCCGAUUUCGAGGUUUGGCGUAUGAAAAAGAAUGGAACCAUGAGCUAUUCAUGGAGUAAAGUAUUAGCAAUUACAGUGCCAGUGCCAGAUGAUAACUGGCUUUGUACAAGAAUCCAUGUCCUUCCUGUGAGCUUUAUGAAGGAUGGAGGCAUCUUAUUUCGGAGGAGUAAAGCUGAAUUACUAUUUUACGAUCCAAAAACACAAAAGUUUGAAGAAGUUAAAAUUGUUGGACUUGAAGCAUUACUUUACUUGUAUGGUGCAGUAACAUAUGUGGAGACUUUAAUCUCUCCUAAUGCUCUCUAG